GCUAUGGAUGUGGAAUAUUUGAAAAUUUGCUCACAUGCUGAAGCUCCACGAAAAUGGAAUUUAUUCACGUUAUUGGUAAUUCAAGUUGCUGUGUCAUUAAACCCUUUGAGGCACUGAAUGCAUUUUUUCUCCAGUGAAAAAGUAUGGCAAAUAUUAGUGACAACUGACCUGUUGGCGGCACUACAUUUUGGGCAAAACUGGCACCAACUCUACCACUGUGCCACUACUUUGGUAUCAAAGAGAUGUCUUGAUUGCGUAGAAAUUCAAUUUAGAACUAAAACUCUUGAUCUGGAAUAUAUGUUUUACACCAAUAUAGAGUUUUUACUUAUAUCAUUACUGGGUUUACUAAAUGUGGGCUUGGCUAAAGAAGCUUCCUGAUGUCAGACAAUUGCUGACAGCAUCAAAACAUAAGUGUCUUCCUUCACAACCACAUGUGCAUUAUUUUACUGUGGCUUCAGAGCUGAUACCAUAAGAGCAACUGCCCUGAAACACAAGAGCCACUUUCUCAAAAUGACCCACGCAAGUUACUAUACCGCUUUGCUUCUUCUGCUGUCUUCCAUGCAUUGGCUAGGAAGCUCUCUAGCCUCAAACCCUCUUCAACUUUCAGCUACAGCGGAUGAAGUUCCUGCCAUCAUCAACAGUGAUCCUCCCAUCACGUAUCUGUCCCAGAGACCCGUUCUCCAGCCCAAAGAAAGCACCCCGCCUGAGUUUCUGUACACCUUGAAGAACCCUCAGGGCAAAGUGUGUGUGCGGGCCAGUUUGGGAGUGGAGUAUGUGGUGCGAGAGAACAACAAGAACUAUUAUUUCAACGUGAAUCCUAGCUUUACACGAGUCACAGGAUUCUGUGGGGGCCAAAAGUCUGUUUUCUCACUGGAGUUUGAUGGUGGACAUCUGGAGUUCACUUUCAUCAAGGAAGGUGAUCUCUCCUAUGUGAGCUCCGUCAAAGGUCUUCUUAGACCUGUCCCCCAUUGUAAAAAUUGCCAGAAUAAAACCUAUGUAGGAGUUGUAAGUAAUGAUAAGCUAUUCAAAGCAAAAAAUGGUCUAAGCUUCCAAUGCAAGUCUCAGACAACUCUGAUACUCGCAAGCUUCCUCAGAGUCAAACUGGUGCCAAUGCAGAUUCAAGCCUUUGGUCUGGCUAAUGGAGCGUUUGGAAAAGAGGUUGAGUGCUGGGAAGAUUACAACAAGCGCAUGAUCCCCAUUAUUCUGGGUGCUGUAGCUGCCGCAGUUUGCCUCAUUGCCAUCCUGACGUAUGUGCUUGUCAGAGAACGCCGUAACCAAGGCUACGAACAGCUCUGAGACUCUAGAUGUGUAAUGUGAAGAUGAAUCACAAGAUUUAAUUAUGUGUUACACUGUGUGGAUACUGCUUUCCAGUUUUAAAUGAUCUCAGUAAACAAUUAAAAUGCGAUUGACAUGAAA